AUGAACGUUCAAGAAUAUCAUCCGAAUAGCCUCACCCAAAGAUAUUUACGGGAAGCACUGUUUUUCGGGGAGAAAGCAUUGACUUUGGAGAGGAAUGUUGAUCUUUCUGUACAGCAACAACAGCCUUCAUUCUCCUCUUCUCCUGAAGAGUACUAUUUGAAAGCCUCAAAUGCCAUUCGAUGCGCUUUAAGUUUUGAAGAGAAUGAGAGUUUAAAAACCUUAUACGAGAUGUUGAAUGCAACAUACGAGUGUAAAAUUGCUCAGUUGAGAGGGAUGGUAAACCAUGACUUGACAGAAGACGGAACUACUUCCCCUCUUGAGCACGACAGCACUGGCAGAAAAAAGACAAUGGAACAGCAGCACUGUAAGAAAAGAAACUGCACCGAGACAUUUCAGGAAUUGGAGAAUAAUGGAGAUGAUGAAGAAAUGGACGGGUCUUCCUCCUACUCCAUGGAUGUUUCACGAAUCGUAAGCGAAGAAGACAAGUCAACACGAGACAUGCAACGAAGGGCAAAGAAAAGAAAGGACAUUGAAAGUGAAAACUCAGAGAUUGAAUCAUUUAUCAUUAACAAGGAAAAUUGCAGAGAGGAGCAUGAGUGGGAAAAAGUUGUCGGACUGGAACAUGUUCUUCAAUGCUUGAGAGAGGCCACUAUUCUUCCACAACGGUUUCCUCAAUUGUUCUCUGGGGAGAGGAGACCGUGGAGAGCUGUUUUGUUGUAUGGGCCUCCAGGAACAGGCAAGACAAUGCUUGCGUCAACAAUGGCAAAAGAAUCACUUGCAACAUUUUUCAGUGUCUCAAGUGCAGAUAUUCUUUCAAAAUGGGUAGGACAAAGCGAAAGAAAAAUCAAGCAAUUGUUUGAAUAUGCUUCGAAACGAAAACCCUCUGUGAUAUUCAUUGACGAAGUUGACAGUUUGUGCUCAGUCCGAAACGACAAUGAAAGUGAAACCUCACGACGGAUAAAGACGGAAUUCCUUGUUCAAAUGCAAGGUGUCUCAUCGAAAAAUGGUGUUACUGUAGUUGGAGCAACCAAUCUUCCUUGGGAAAUUGAUAUUGCCAUUCGACGACGUUUUGAGAAAAGAAUUUAUGUACCUCUUCCCGACGUAAAAUCAAGGAAAGAGAUUAUCGUCAAACAUAUUGGAAAUACUCCUAACAACCUUACAGAGGAUCAAAUUAACAUGAUUGCCUCAAGAACAGAAGGAUAUUCUGGGUCAGAUAUUUCAGUGUUGAUUCGUCAAGCCUUACUUGAACCAAUUCGCAAGUGUCAACAAGCCACGCACUUUCGCAAAGUGAAAGGAUUUUCACCUGUCACCUCUCAAUAUUGUGAAGACCUUCUAGAACCCACUCAUGAACAAGAUGAUCAAGCUUUGCAAAUUUCAUUGUAUGAUAUUGAUUCCGAAAAGCUGCUUCCUCCGUUAGUCACAAUGCAGGAUUUUGAGUUUUCAUUGAAUACCAUCAAACCAACUCUCACACCUCAGGAUGUUGAAAAAUAUGAGCACUUCUCUAUAAUGUUUUAA